CCGUCAUUGCUUCUUCAUCAAGUUCUUUUCCACUUUCUUCAUCAAAUUCAUUACUUUCAGCAAAUAUGUUCUCGCUAAAGACAUCUUUAGCAAAGACAUCUUUACAGAUAUCUUCAGCAAAAAAAUCCUCCGCCCAGAUGUCGUCUUCAGCAAAAUUGUCUCUUCGAAUAUCCGAAACUUCCUUUCAUCUUUUUUGGCUUGCUCUCUUCUUUCAUUAUUAUAUUCUUGAAGCAUCUGAAUCAUUUUGUAAUUCUUUAGCUUUGGCAUACUUUAGUGAUAGUUUUCACAAGGAGAAGAAAUAUCUUGUAGAUUUCUUUUCUUCUUCAAUCUAUUUAGCAUUUGAUCUCACUUGCCAUUUUUUAGAGAGAGAUGUUAGGUUAUCUUGUAUUUGUAUCUUUGUGUACUCUGCCAGAAGACUGAA